AUGUCGAUGGAGCUGGCUUCCAGGCACUGCAAGAUGAAGGGUGUCUGCAAUUCAGAGGCGCAAAGCAGACAGAACGAUCUGGAGGUUGUGGGGUUGUUCAGAAUCACCCGCAUUUGCAGGGGCGAGUUCUACGCUUUCGCUUUCCGCGGAGCUGCAGGUCUUGGACGCAUCCAAGAGAGGCUGGCGGACUUCAGAAAACCCCAAACGAGCACACAGGCCGUCGAGUUGCUUGGCCAUCUCCAAGAGAGACGGUGCCUCGAUGCUGCUGCGCUGGAUGCUGCAGCACAGGCGAUGCUCCUGGGCAGCCCAUCGAAGCUUCCAGCUGUCCUAGCAGAGGCUGCUGCCGCUGGCUCCGCGGCGAUCCGGACACUGUGCUCAGGGCAAUGGCAUGAGUGUGGAUCCAAGCUCACCCAGUCCAGCGACUGGAGGAAACAGGAGGAUGGGCCCAUGGAGAUGGUGAAAGCUCAGCCGAUGGAGACCUACAGCGGUUCAGGUGACUUGCCGUCCACGGAGGACUAUGCAUUGCACCUGGACAUGUCGAACUUUGUGCGGGGGGCAGUGCAAAAUCAGCUGGAAGCCAUGAAGGUACUGGAGGUGGACACUGCCAUCGUCCGAGGUAUCUCGGUGGCCAGCAGCUUGCGCGCCAGUGGACGGCUCUGGCAGAAGUCGCCCGUGGACAUGGACGAACGUGCCAAGUCGAAAUUGUGGGAAAGGUCGGAGCCCGUAGAUCGCUUCGACGUGUUCUUCUCCCACACCUGGAGGACACCCGGCCGAUGGAAGGUGCUUUCCCUCCUCUUCCAGUAUGGCUGGCCCUUCACGCUUACCUGCUGGGCUUGUGUGGCCUCUUUCGUCUUCUUCUUGGGGGCCUUCGGCUGGCUACCGACGCCCUUGACUUUCCGCGCUGAUGUUCUGGGCUUCCAAAAAAUCUGCCCUUUCGCUCCGUGGGUCUAUCUCUCCGGAGUUUUCACAGCUCUGCUUGCGCUCUUCCUGUCGCCGUACUGGCUCUUCUUCUGCCACUCACCGAAGUGCUUCCUGGAUGUGGUCAGCAUCAACCAGGUGGAACCGGAUCUCAUGGAGCGGGGCAUCUACGGCCUAGGUGGCUUUCUGAGUAUUUCGAACCAGCUGCGUGUGUUGCUAACCCUGACGGGCAGCUGCUCGUGA